AUGGAGGCCUGCUGCACAGAAGAUAAUAUUGAUUGGAAUUCUGAAGUUACGACCGAUCUUAAGACGAAAACACAUUGUGGCAUUUCCAAUACCCAGGGCAUUUAUAUGACUAUCGUGGGCAACGAUGAGGGCGAGACACAAUUUGGUGAGUUUCCCUGGAUGGUGAGCAUAAUGGACAGUGGGAAUAGAUUUCAAGCUGCUGGUGCGCUAAUUGCACCGCGAGUCGUGGUCAGCAUCGCCACCAGUUUGGCGAAACGCGUAAAAUAUAUGGUGCGAGCCGGCCAUUGGGAUAUGGCCACUGAUAGCGACAUUCUACCAUAUCAAGAACGUUCUGCCAAUGUCGUCUUACACGAGGGAUAUUCCAGGGAUUCAUACAAAAAUGAUAUCGCUCUACUCUUUUUAAAUGCGAGAUUCUACAGAACGAUGCACAUUGGUCUCAUCUGCCGGCCUCCACAUGCAAGCGUCACACUCGACGAUUAUAAGAGCUGUCUAGUUGUUGGUUGGAGUCCAUAUCCGAGCCGUGCCAAUAACCGACAGAUUAUGAAGAGCAUUUCAUCAAAUUUGACCAAAUGUGGCGAAGGCACACAGGACACUUUACUGUGCGCGAUAAAGCAUUGCGAGACGUGCAUCAUCAUCAGCAACGACGUCGACAUCAACGAGCUGGAAGUGUCGCGAUAG